AUGGAUACGCUACUCAAACCAGCACGACUCGACUUAGAUCCAAAUUCGCCCACAGCAACGAAAGAAUGGAGGCAUUGGCACCGUACCUUUACUAAUUUUAUUGAUGAAUGUGGCGAAAAGGCUCCUGAUGAAUAUAGAACUCUUGUAAAUUAUGUGUCUCAUAACGUUUAUGAAUAUAUCGAAGACUGCAAGGACUAUAAAUCGGCCAUUCGCGUACUAGAACAACUAUUUGUCAAGACACCAAAUGAAAUAUUUGCUAGACAUUUGCUGGCAACAAGACGGCAGAAAUCCGGCGAGACUCUUACUGAAUUUCUCCAAGAACUUCGAAAACUUAGCAAAGAUUGUAACCUUAAGAACGUAACUGCUGAACAGUAUCGUGAGGAAUUGGUUCGUGAUUCCUUUAUUAAUGGCCUCUUAUCACCUUUGAUUCGCCAACGGCUCCUAGAAAAUAAACAGCUUGACCUUCAAACUGCUUUUGACCAAGCAAAGGCCUUGGACUUGGCUCAAAAGAAUUCUGAAGCAUAUAGGAUGCCUGAAAUACCUACAACUGCAGCAGUCUCCUCCCCUCCGACAGAUGAGGUUGCUGGAGCUCAUGCCUUAGAUUAUGAUUCUCUGGCAGCUACAUUCACAUCGAAGAAAUGCUACUUUUGUGGUGAUAAUUUCCACAACAGAAGAAGUUGUCCAGCCCGGAAUUCUAAUUGUAACAACUGUGGAAAGAAAGGACAUUAUGCUAAAGUUUGCAAGUCAAAGGCGCCUUCAAUCACCACUGCUUCUAUGUUCACGCCUACUCUUUGUUCAAUUGUUGCAAGUUGUCCAGAAAGUCUAAAACAAGCAUCUGUAAAAGUCUCUAUUGGCGGUAUUGAACUGACCGCACUCAUUGACUCUGGGAGCUUGGAAAGUUUUAUAAGUGAAACUAUGGCACGGAAACUGUCUCUCAAGCUUCAUCCAUCAACACAGAAGAUAUCUAUGGCCCUAACAUCUUUUAAGACUCAGAUCCUUGGUCACUGUUUUACGGAUAUUGUAAUUAAUCAACUUUCCUACUCAUCCAUUCGUUUGGGAGUCUUGAAAGAUCUCUGCAGUGACAUUAUCCUUGGGCAAGUCUUCCAGAAGAAGCACAAGCGGGUCACCAUAGAGUUUGGCGAUACUAGACCAGAACUAGUAAUUCCUAGGUCUGCCUGUCCUCUUUCUUCGACAGCCUCCAUCGAGGAGCCUUCAUUGUUUGGAAACCUUCUCCCUGAAUGUAAGCCUAUCGCCAGUAGAUCUAGGCGCUUUAGCAAAGAAGACCAGGAGUUUAUCAAUCAGGAAGUUACAAAACUCCUGUCUGAAGGAAUUAUUGAGCCUACCAUAACACCAUGGAGAGCACAAAUUGUUGUUUCUAAAGAUCCCUCAAACCGGCACAAGAAGAGGCUCUGUAUUGAUUACUCCCAAACCAUUAAUCAAUACACAGAGCUUAAUGCGUACCCUCUUCCUCGGAUCGAUGACAUGAUCAACAACCUAGCACAAUACAAAGUUUUCUCAACGUUUGAUUUAAAGAGUGCUUACCAUCAAGUACCGAUAAAGGAGUCCGAUCGAAAGUUUACUGGGUUCGAAGCUAAUGGAAAACUGUAUCAAUUUUGCCGUAUACCGUUUGGCGUCACUAAUGGAGUGGCUGCUUUCCAGAGAGCAAUGGACAAUUUUGUUGACGAGGAGAACCUCAAUGACACAUUUCCAUAUCUGGACAACAUAACGGUAUACGGCAAAAUUGAUACAGCCACUAACGUGGUGGUACUGACAGUUUGCUGCUAUUUCCUUGCUUUCCAUACUUCGGACAACUUUUUGACACAAAAUUGUAGAAAAAUCGACGAGACGCCAUUUUGUUCGUUAUAA